UCGGUGGUUGCGCCGCCGCCGUUUAUCGGGGCGAUGCUGGGAACACGAAUCAUGGAGGGACACAGCUGGGUGUUUGAGAUACAGUUCCAAAUGCUGCAUCACGAGCGGGAUGGUCGCCAGGGUCAGGGAAAUUCCAUCCGGCUAGAAGGGUAUUCAAGCCUUUUAUCAACUUGAGAGUGGGAAUAUUUCCACUUCAACGCGUCCUCCUCUCUCAGGGUCUAUAGUCAUCAUGAGCACCUCCUCUGCAUGCACUUGCUUUCAUCACUCUGUUUUAACCGUUGACGACAUUUAGCUAUGCCGCUGUAUUUCCCUUCUACGGCCACGUGAAUCUAGUUUUCGAUGCAGUAUGCUUGAUGACGAACCUGCAGUCUCUAAGUACCCAGCUUGCUCCCUGCCAGAGCGAUCGAGUUAUCGAGUUUGAGUAAAGGGGGACAAUCGAUCUGAGUGAUCCGUGGAUGGAGCUUGCUACCGCGUACUCGCUCAUUGCACAUGCUGUCUUCAACAGUUUAGUGCUUGUGAUUAUCAGUUCGACGCUCUAUGGUCGAAGCUGUCUUCUAUUUUUGGUGAGACGUUUCAUGGAACGCCGUGGACGCGUGAAGGGCAAGAUAUUUGGGUUCAAAAGUCAAUUUGCGACACAAUAGCCGAUAGUAUUCAGUUCAAUUUCUCCGCCUCAACCUGAGCAAUCCGCUCCAGGGCAAUUCUUACAAGCUCUUGUGUCCCCUCAUCUCCAUAGCCAGCCUGAGUGCAGACUAAGCCCUGUUUCCAAGCAUGCCAUCUAUCCAAAUCAAACCCCCUUUUCGGGGGAUCAUGGAGAUUAUAGACUCGUCCAACUUUGCAAUUUUCC